AUGGAUCGUGGUCAUAAGCAUAAGCGUCGUGGCCGUCGAACACGGCGCCACCGCCGUGACACCCGCCGUGCACAGGAGGAAGGGUUGCCCCUCUCCUCCUCUCCUCCUGUUGGGGAAUAUCUCCAGAGCUUACCUGUGGUUCCAGUUUCCCAGGGGCCCCUGGCAGCUCAGUCCUCCACCACUGCUGCUGCAGGUGAUGCCUGCACAAGAGCGGCCACAGGCCAAGAGGGGGGAAGGCCAAGUUCUGGGGUCCCACCCCCCACUGACAGCGAUCCCAAAGCCCUCAUAUCCACAAUGGUGGGUGCGCUGUUACAGCUCCUGCUGGAGAAGUAUAAAAUGAAAGAGCCAAUUGUGAAGGCAGAAAUGAUGAAGGUUCUAGGUAGAAAUUGCAAGGAGUCCUUCCCUGAGAUCGUGAAGAUUACCACUGAAAUGCUGGAGCUGGUGUUUUGUCUUGACCUGAAGGAAAUGGACACCAACAAAGAAUCCUAUGUCCUCCUCCAGAAACUCCACCUCACCGAAGACGAAGAAUAUCUGGAGAGUGUUGGUGACACGGAGUUUCCCAGGAAUGGGCUCCUGAUGGCUCUCCUGGCCUUGAUUUACAUAAAGGGUGGCCGGGUCACUGAGGAAGAGAUGUGGAAAUACUUGAAUAUGUUGGGGGUGUAUGAUGGGGAGAAUCACGUCUUCUUUGGGGAGCCUAGGAAGUUCAUUAACAAAGAUUUGAUUGAGGAAAAGUACCUGGAGUGUGUGCAGGUGCCCAAUAGCGAUCCUCCAAGCUAUGAAUUCCUGUGGGGCCCCAGGGCCCUUGCUGUAAUCAGCAAAAUGCAAGCCCUGGAGUUUUUUGCCAAGCUCACUGAUACAGUUCCCACUGACUUCCCGCUUCAGUAUGAAGCAGCUUUGAGGGAUCAGGAAAUUCGAGCCAGAGCCAGAGUUGCAGCCAUAGCUAGGGCAAGUUCUGGGCCCACAUCAGGCAGCUUCUCCCACCCCUAG